GGAGCAGCAGCUGACGUCACUACGCAGAGAGAGAGCUGCGCAUUGUGCGCAAAGAGCUACGCGCUGUAGUUGGGUGUGAAGAUGGCGGACGAGGAGGCCGAGAAGGACCGUGGUCCUGAAAACGAUGUUAAUGUCAUUAUAACAGACCUAAAACAACGCUUAGAAGAACUGCAGGAAAGAGCGGUCAAAGAGAGCAAAGACUCCCCGGUCCAGUCCUCAUUCAAUUAUUGCCAAGACUUCUGUCGGACCCUGCUGGGAUACGCAGGCCACUGGCAGAUUGAAGAUGAGCCUUUGCCUGUAGUUCAAGUAUACAUGGUUGCCCUGCAGAGUUAUGCUGAGACGUCUGUGCACCUGUCUGUGGAGUGUGACAAUGUGCAACUCGUGGUAGAAAGGCUAGCACUGAGUUUUGUGGAACUAUUGCUGUCACUAAAGGAGCUUCCAGAUGAUCUAUGGAAUGACUUCAGGUCUUGUGUCCAGGUCUCACAUGGCAAACUCCAGGAGAAUGGAAUCACCCAGCUCUCCAUGCUAUGGACUCUAGGCAAACAGAGGGGGGUUUGGGCCAACCCUAUACUGCAAGGCCUUCUGUUGGGAGAGGAACUAGAGACCAUGCAAAUUGAAAACUGGCUUGUUGAAGAAGGGCCCGGUCUGUUGGAAUUACGGGUGAAACAGCUGAUUAAAGAUCAGAAGCUGGAGAAAGCGGCACAGCUGGCAAAGAUCUGCUCCGAGAGUGCCUCAUGUGACGGAAAGGGAAACUUCAAGCAGAUGUACCUCGUCUGUCUCUGCAGUACCUUAGAACAAGAUCAACUCAUGGAAGAGCUUAAUAAGGUGGACUGCCGGGAUGCACUAGAGAUGAUCUGUAACCUGGAGUCUGAUAGUGAUGAAAAAGCAGCGUUCACGUUAUGUUCUGCCUUCUUGACCCGCCAGCUCGUACUGGCUGAUGCUUACUGUGCUUGGGAGCUGACAUUGUUCUGGAGCAAGCUUCUGAAACGACUUGAGCCAUCAGAGAAGGCUUUUCUGGACAAAUGUGGUCAGAUGUCUUUAUUCUCAAAAACUGUCUACCACAUCUUGUUCCUCAUCAAAGUCAUCCAGUCUGAGAUCAUUGAGGGUGGUUUACCAAUUUGCAUUGAAAUGUGCAUAAGGGCUCUCCGGAUGCAGUCAGAGGAUGGAAACACAAAAGCCACACUGUGUAAAACCAUUGCCUGUUUGCUUCCCAAUGACCUUGAGGUGAAGAGGGCCUGCCAGCUCACAGUGUUCCUCCUGGAGCCCACGGUGGACUCUUACUAUGCUGUGGAGACUCUUUACAAUGAACCAGAUCAAAAAAUUGAGGAAGAAAAAAUGACAGUUCCCAAUUCGCUGCGCUGUGAGCUGCUUCUGGUGUUCAAAACGCAAUGGCCUUUUGACCCAGAGUUCUGGGACUGGAAAACACUAAAACGCUACUGCCUUGCUCGUAUGGGACCGGAGGCUUCCAUAGUUUCUUCCAUUGACUCAUUGAAUGAUACGGAUGAUCCAGAGGAGGAGGACAUGUACAUCGAUGAUGGAUUUUUAGAAAGUGCUGAUAGAAUUGUCAGUGGCACAUAUGAACUAACAAACACAAUGGACAAGAAACAGAAAAACAGAGAACAGAAGAAGCUGCGAGAAAAGGGAUUUAUUUCUGCCAGGUUUCGAAACUGGCAGGUUUACAUGCAGUAUUGUGUACUCUGUGACAAGGAGUUCUUAGGCCACAGAAUUAUCCGCCAUGCACAAACUCACUUCAGCGGGGGCGUGUAUAGCUGCCCCAUUUGUGCUCAGUCCUUUAGCUCCAAAGACACCCUGACCCCCCAUGUCACCUCACAUGUUAAACAAUCAUGUAAGGAUCGCCUAACCGCAAUGAAGACCAACAGGAAACUGGCUAAUCCUAAAACUGCUGCCCCAGUGAUAGCUGCUAUAAUGGCCAAGACUGAAAGUGACAUUUCAGAAAGUGGUGGUCAGCUGGGGCAAAACGCUGGUGGUGUUCAAAUUGUUAAGACUCGCCUUUCAGUUGAGCAUGGUGAGGAACAUGUGUGCCCUGUUGGAACAUGCAAAAAGGCCUUCAAGUUCUACAGAAAUCUUCUUUCCCAUGUAAAAGCCCACAAUGAGAACGAGGAGGCCAUUUCUUACCUUGAAAUGCAAAGUAAGAAAGUUGUGUGUCAGUAUUGCCGUCGCCACUUUGUCAGUGUUAACCAUCUUAACGAUCAUUUACAAGUCCACUGUGGCGCAAAGCCAUACAUAUGUAUCCAGCUCAACUGCAAAGCUAGCUUUCUCUCAAAUACUGAACUGCUCGUACAUCGAAAAACACACACUUCUUUUAAAGCGAGAUGCAUGUUUCCAAAUUGUGGUAAGAUUUUUAGCGAAGCAUUUAAGCUUUAUGACCACGAGGCAAAGCAUUACAAAACGUUCACUUGUAAAUUUGUUGACUGUGGCAAGGUUUUCCAUACACAACAGCAGUUGGAUUUGCACUUGAAAAGCCACACAGUCAAAAAAGAGCAAGAUAUUUCUGCUCAAGAUGAAAAUCUCCAAACCCCACAGACUAGUUCUUCAGUUAAUAUGGCUCACAGUAUUUGUGAUCCAUCCCCAUUAAAAGAAGCAGACAAUUCAAUGGAAAAAUGCAGAGCUGAAACUGUUAGUGUUGGCAAACCAGAAACCCUUGAAAAUUUGCUGAAAGCUUCUCAAACGCCAAUCAAAACUGUGGAUCGUUAUGAGAUCAAAACUGAAAACAAAGAGAAAUGUUUUGUUAGUGAGGCAAGUCAGAUUGUAAAUAUUCAGAUACCUUUGCAACCAGAAAAUGGAUGUUGUAAAACAGAAGCAUCUCAAAGCCAGUCACCUGAUCUUUUAAAGCCUUCCCACCAGUAUCAGAAACAGCAUGUAUCUCCAUUUGAGGCUACUAUAAACAAAAUGCUGCGUGAAAAAACAGUGUUGCACAGUCAACUACAAGUUUUCUCCAGUAAUGUAAAUAGUGGCGUAAUAAAUCACAAUGAACUGCCUGUCAGUAUAAAUCACAAUGAACUGCCUGUCAGUAAUGCAGCUAGGCCAACAUUACCAACGCUACCUAUUCCUGCUCCUAUAGUGACAAAGUUGCAAGCCAUUCCUCCAGCAGUCGCUACACCAUCUGUAAAUCAAAAAGAAUCUGCUCAAACUGAGACUGUUUUGAGAGAGAGAUAUCAUUGUCCCUUUGAAAACUGCACAAGAAACUAUAGUUGUUACAAAAGUGUUAGCAAACACAUAAAAACGACCCAUCCAGAGUUGUAUGCAAUACGCAAAAUUCCACGAAGUGAAAUUAGGGUAACGUACGUUUCUGGUUCACCUCUGGCUCCAAAGCCUAUUGCAGUCAAAACACAAGAGAAUCAAAAAAUAGAAAUUAAGAGGCCAAAGGUCAUCCAGCCUAGUCCUUAUACAAAUAUGGUUACAAAUUAUAAUGCAGUUAGGUUGCCCCCCCCAGUGACUGUAAACCAGACUGCCCCCCAAUUAAUGGAAAAUGUAUUAAACCCUAUUGUGGUGGCUCAAUUAAAAACAAAUGUCCAUCCACAGAGUUGUUCACAAACACAAAAAAUCUUACCAAAAAUCCCACAACAGGAGCAAGUGCAAAACCUUAGAACUUCAACAAUAAAUUUACCCAGACCAUCAGAGUUUAUGACUGGAUCCCUGGGACCUAAAGGUCUUGUAGAGUCACACCCACCUAUCACUGUAACAAAUUCAGUUCCAUUGUCAAGUAUUCACUUGCCGCCUAGUAGUCAGAUAAAAACCCAAGACGUUCGGACAGUGUGGUCCACUCCCCUUCAUAAUCAACAAUUAAGUAGCAACUCUUCCCAAUUACAUCCAAAUAGGCUAUUGCCAUCUGCCCAUAUGCCUAUGUCGUCCAAUGAUCACCAUUCCAUGAAUCCAAAUGCCAAUUUGGUAAAUUCCUUAACAACGGCACAUAAAGACAUGCAAAGUAGUGCUCAACAUCUUUACAGAUCAACAUCCACCAAUACAGUUCUUCCACCUAAAGUUCCAAUAAAAACUGAGGAGCAAAAUGUAUCUUUGUGGUCACCUGCCUCUGAAAUUAAGCAUGUUCAAUCUGGUAGCCCUCCUCAAAUACUCACAAACAGGUCAGGCCAGGUGGUAACUGCCAGUUCUCCAUUUCCACUUAAGGAUCCUCCUGGCAGUCUCCUGGGUUCAGACAUAUGUAAAACAUCAAUGGACCCUAAUCCAACAUCUAUUACACAAUGUGGUUCUCUACCUCUUUACAAACCACCUUCAGCUAAUGCUGCAUUGACAUUGUAUGGGCAAUCAAACCACUCACAAAUAGGCCAUCAAAUGCAGUUGCCUCAAAUUCAAAAGACACAAAUUGCCUCUGUUAAACCUUCACAAAUACUUCCUAAGUCCAUGGGCAGUACUAAUGUUCCUAUCCCAUCUAACUGCUCACCUUGUAACCCCAUAGAAUCAAACAUUGCAGCUCCUAUUCCAGCAACAAGUGUGCAAAUUGGUACAAAACCACUUGUACCUGCUAACAUUAAAAGAGAGGAGAACUGUAACUUCAGUUCUUUCACAAUGCAAAAAGAUUCACCAGAAAACACAACAAAAAACACUGAUACAGUGCAAAAUCCUUGUCAGCCUCCUGAAAACCUAAACACUACAGAGAAUCGCAAAACAGUUCGAAAAAGAAAUAAGGUCAGAUGGCCAGCAAUUGUAAGAGAUGGGAAAUGGUUUUGUUCACGGUGUUACAGAGCAUUUAGUAGUUCUAAAUCUCUUGGUGGCCAUUUGUCUAAGCGAUCGGCAUGUAAACCGUACGAUGAAAUGGAGCUGAAUGCUGAUCUCCCAGCAUCAUUUCUUGACCUCCUAAAUUCUGACCAAACUGUUAAUCUUCAUCAGAACCAUCCAAGUAAUCCAUGUGAGACCUUCAAUAACAUACCCCACACAUCAAAAUCACAUUGCUUGUUAGAGCAAAAAGGCAGCACUUCUCAGAAAUACCAAGAAAGGUUAAAUGGUGAGACAAGCAAUGACAUUCUUAAGCAAAUUGUUAAAGCUGCUAACAUGGCAGACCCGUUUGUCUCAUCACAUGUAUCUCAGUUCCAAAAACCUUGUGUUUCUUCUACAACAAAUUUUCAGAGUAGCUCUGUCAAACAGUCUAUAGAUGGUGCUGGUCGAGAUGUUUGCUCAUCUAACAUUCCUAAUUAUCUUCAACCAAGGCCACCAGGCAGAAGAUAUCCAACACCACUACUUUCCCAAGCACUCAAAGAUAGCAAAGAAUUAGCCUCAAUUAGCCUCAAGGCUAGCAGCAGUCAACAAGAAAUUGAUUCAAAAGAUCAAGUCUCAAGCAUGUUGCCGCAACUCGUACAUCCAAAGAGUCCAGGUACAACCAGUGUAAUACAACCAGAGAGAAAUAAUAUGGAGCAAGAUAUCAAAAAGAAAUUACGAGAACAGAUCUUGGCUGGCGAUUUUCAGCGCAGAAACAACUUGGCUAAUGUUUGCCAUAAUUCUGGGGCUCAAAGCCCAAUGUCCUGUGGUUCUGAGUCAAGCUCUAAAAAUGAGGAUUGUCAAAUGAACUGGGAUAUUAAAGGAUGUUUUGCAAACAAAGAAAGCCCUGCCAUCAUCCCUGGUACUCCAGCUGAAAUUGAGGAACUUUUACAAACCAAAAGCUUUACACGCUUAAGACAACACUCCAACCCAGAGCAGGACAUGCAGAGCUCCACAAGUGUAGAUCUCUGUCAGGAUGUUGAUGCUGAACCCCAGCAGCUGUCUCCCAGUCAACAACAGAGUUUUUCAGAACUUAAGAUUGCAUUUGAAAGGCUGAACCUUAUCAAGGAAUUACCUGAACAAGUCCCUGAGUCUGUCACUCUAAAUACAGGUUUAGACAGUUCAAGCACACACGAAGUAACACCAGAUGAUUCCUUAGCUGUGCCCAAACUAUUUGUCUGUGAUGCUGCAAACUGUGCAUACAAUACAUUUUCAAGUGAGGCGUAUUGGAGACACCUCUAUAAAGUCCACAAUUACACAUUUGAACAAGUUAAUGCAGUCAAAAAACAGCAUGGACAAUAUGCUCCAUUUCAGUGUCAGAGAUGCAGUAAAACAUUUACACGCAACCCCAAUCUUAAAGCGCAUUACAUAUCUGCUCACCAACUGUCAUUUGAAGAAAUCCACCAGUUAGACGUGAAGCGUAAACAGGACAGGGCAGCAAUGGUCCGCUUGAUUACCUUGCACAAUGGUGGUGCAAAGAAAAAACGUCUGCCAGCAUCUGUUGGGCACCAAGAAUUACUACAUCAGAAACCAAGUAAUCCAGGGGGCACAUCAGUUAUUCAGGCUGUACCCAAGGCAAACUUCCAUAAUUUGACUGUAAAACAAGAAGAACAUGUCCGAACAUCCACAGACGAACACACUCCCAAUGGCCAUCAAAGAACUCCAAUCAACGGGCCAUUUUCAAAUGGUUGUCAAUCAGUUAUUGCUCAUCUACCUCAAGCAGAUGUUCCUUAUCAGGCUAGAGGGCUGCUCACACCUGGCAAACAGUCAAAUAGACCAGCAACAGUGAAACAGAGUAAUGAUCUGAUGAAGAAAACUGACAAAAAAUCCACCUCAAGUGACACAUUAAGUCAAUACAAGCCCUACCGCUGUGUUCACCAAGACUGUGAGGCUGCUUUUGCCAUCCAGCACAAUCUAAUCCUCCACUAUCGAGCUGUUCACCAAUCUGCUCUAUCGGCCCUUGAGGUCAACAAAGAGCAAGAUCAAAAUGAGGCUGAUGGAGUUGUGGAGCAGGAGGAAGAAGAGGAGGAGCCAUCCAUUUCAGAGUUCCGAUGUCAGGUCAAGGACUGUUCCCGAGUUUUCCAGCAGGUCCCUCAACUCAUGCAGCACUACCUUAGACUACAUGAGUUCAGCAUUGAUAAGGUGGGCGAUCUGUUGUCAGUAAUUAGGCUUGGAAGAUUUACUUGUGGGCAUGAAGGAUGCGCUGUAUCAUUUACUGCUUUCUGGAAAUAUAUUGCACACAUUAAAGAACUACACAAAGAUAUCAAGCUGUCCAAACCGGAAAACAUGUACAAGUGUGAAAUUGAAGGCUGUGAUCGUGCCUAUGCCACAAAGUCCAACAUGCUUAGGCAUCUUAUGAAAAAGCAUAAUGAUUUUUAUCAACUUAAACAAAAAAAUCAGCCAAAACCCGAGGAUGUUGUUAAGCAAAACUCCAAGAAAGAGUAUCAACUUAAUAAAACAAGUGAUGGGAAAGAAAAUAUUGAGAGUAAUCAAACAAGUCCACAAAAAGACAAUAAUGCAAAAAGAACAAGGAAAAUAAACAACUAUUGGACCAAAUAUGAAAAACCUGUUUUAAAAUCAAAUGUAGAAGCAUCUGCAAUGUGUACUAAAUCCUAUCCAUUACAGUAUCCUUGCAUGAUUAAAGGAUGUGAGUCAGUCAUGAAUUCUGAGAAGAGCAUCUUAAAACAUUACACUGUCCAUGGACUUAGUGAAAAGUUUUUGGAACAGCAUAGAAGUCACUACAUUUUCUGCAAAAAGUUUCCCAGACAGAAAAAUGGUUCUGUUAGAAGUGAUGAUUCUAAGUCAGACCCAUCUUCUGACUCUGAACCUGAGUUAACUGGUCUCAAUGGCACAGAAGAUAUGCAUUUUGAUGAUUCCAAACCCUUCCUGCGCAAAAGGACUAGCCCAAUCAUCCCAGCUUCACUGCUUGAUGGACUGUCUAAUGAUGACAGUUCUGAUGGCUCUGUAGUAAUGAAACGCAAGCGCGGAAGGCCAAAGAGGAUUGUUGAAAAAAUUGUCAAACGCAAAAAAAUGUCCCAACCACUUAAAGUAUGUGAGAGCAGGGAUGAGUGCUCUGAUUCAUCUGUUGCCCUCUCAGAGAAAGAGUCUGACCAGCCUAUGUCUUUGGCUGCCUUCAAACCAAUGGGAUUUGAAAUGUCUUUUUUAAAGUUCUUGGAACAGUCAAACAAGACCCAACCUUCCCUCUCGUGUGAAAUCCCACUGUUUGGCCCAUGGGUCAGAUUAUCCCAACUGAACACCAAAGAAACUUGUGUGAAAUUCAGCAAUCGACAGAAUCUGAAAUCAUUGGACAAAGUAAAAAUAGUUAUGGAUAAAGCAUUUUUAGGUGUGAGCGAGCUUAUGUUGAAGCAAUUGCAGGAUAUGCAGCCUUUGGUUAUAUUGGAGAAAAUAUAGUCUUUUUGGCAGUAUCUCAGGACAAUUCAACUGCAUACCCAAUAGUUCUGAACAGUACAGCUGUUUUUUGACGAACUGUAAAAUUAAAUGUAUAUCUAUAGAAAAGUGUAAGCAUGUUUAACUUAUGAUCUGAAAUCUAUGUCUCAACAUUCACUGUGAGACUGAUAGUGGACUUUGUAUGCUAGUAUUGUGAUUAGACUGUAAUUUGAAAAUGUUGUGUACAUAUUUUAAAACGCCGCCUACUGCCACCAGCAGAUUCACUCUUAUUAAAACUUUUUUUAAAAUA